CACUUUUAAUGUUUAGUCGGUCACGUUUGUCCUUAUGUUCCGCGUAAAUCCAAAGGCGGAACCUUUGUUCUGAAAAAUGUUUCGCAUCGACCUGAUGUACAGUAUGGACAAACGUCACUGACGUUACGGGGAUUGUCGGAGGUCUUCGUGGUGUAUUGGUUAUAAACUGUAGGUUAUGUUUGCAUGUUAGUUAAAAUUGUUCUCGUUAUAUUUAUUUAUGAUAUCUCGACUAUUAUUUAGCUCAGAUCAUGGUGGAAAACUCUCCAUCUCCGCUGCCUGAGAGAGCCAUCUAUGGCUUUGUGCUCUUCCUGGGGUCACAGUUUGGUUUCUUUUUGUACUGCCUGUGGGCGUAUGUACCAGAGGAAUGGCUUCAUUCAGUAGGACUCACCUACUGGCCUCAGAAGUAUUGGGCUCUUGCGAUGCCAAUCUACCUCCUGGUUGCACUAAUGGUGUCUUUGGUUGUGUUGUUCGGCAUUAACAUGAACAACACAGCUCCACUGGACUCUGUGGACAACGUCACAGAUGUAUUUGCACAAGGUCAGAGGUCAGACUGCCACAGGAAGGGUGGAAUACCCCGACUGGAGGACGUCUCCAUCAGUGAAGUCAACAAAAUGUUCUAUUUAUCCUCUGAGACGUGACAAACAGAGUAACUGAGCAGUGGGCGGGUUAAGAUUCACCGCACCGUCGCUGUUUAGUUCAUUUGAUUGAAGUUUUCUUGUUAGAAAAAGACUCAGUCUUAUGUAACAACAGUUAUGUAAUUGUUACGAUAUUAAAUCCUCAGGUUUUUAUUUAUUUUUCUUUCUUUACUGGUCUAUGUGUCUCUUAAAUGCAAAGUUUUAUGAAGCAAUUAUUGUUUUUAUAAAGCUCUAAGUAAAGUAUGGCUGUAAAUCUGUAAUAAAUAUAAUUCUUUUAAAGCAAUUCUAACAUGAAAAUGCAUCAAUUCGUGUGGAGAUGUUAACUAGGUAACAAGUAAAUAAUACUUUUGUAAAUGAUUAAUUUGUUAAAUUGAUGGAAUCAAUCUUAAUGGAAGUGUCAAUGGUAAUGCAUAUGUAACAUAGUUGAAAUGGUUCAGGUUAAAUCCUGCUAAAAUGCACCAUCUGCUGGUAAAACGGGGUAUUGCAUUCACCCUAGAAAGAGCGGGGUAUUAUGGGUAAUCCUCAGAGCCAUGAGGAUCACUGUCGAGGUAACGUGUCUCUGCGAUGUGAUGAAGAAAUAUUAU